AAAAUAUUGGAAAUAAAAGUCCAAAAAAGGCUACGCAGUGUGGAAAUAAACCCGAAAAGGAGGAAGGAUGGGGCCAUAGCCUUUCUGCUGUGGAGUCGUUAUCCAAAUCGGAAGCGAAUAGACUCGACUCAUCUCCGCCAUCAUCACCGUCUUCUUCUUAUCUCUCUCUCUCCGUCGCCAGACGCUUCUCAGAUCCUCCGAUCCGGCAGCGUUUCAUCAAUCUCCGCCUAGAGACCAAGGAAGGAAAGCUUGCGAAAUCGCGUAAUCGAAUCUGAUAACGUAGCUAAGAGUUUUUCGACGGUUUGGAUUAGGAAUGGUUUCGCUGCCAUCUGUGUGUUGAAUCGUUUGUUUGUGUAUGCCUCCCGAUCAGCGAGUCUCAGGGAACCACAGAGAGAUUAGCUUAACGAUAUGCAGAACAGUGGUGUGAAUCGUACUCCUUCGUUAAAAGUAGCCAUCCCUCAGGGGUCACAACAGUCGCUUAGGCGUUUAGGAGGACUCUGCUCUCAGAUAGCCACGGGAGGAUCUCAGCAGUCUUCCCCCGUUGUAUUCCCCGAGAAGCGGAGCAAGAAGGUGAAGGCGUCUUCUAGACGCGGCGAGAUUAGUACUGAUCAUCCAGAGGUGAAACCGAAAGCUGAUGAGCAUAGGAUUGAUAUUGGUGGAGGAGGGGAUGAGAAGUCUGAUUUGUUAGGUAGUCUUGUUUACUCAGGGAAGCUUUUGUUAGUCAAGAGAGGGAAGGAUGCAACAUCUGCAACUGACGUGUUUAACAAGAAAGCAGUUGAUGCAAGGCUUACUAGGAGGGCUUUGGUUUGGGGCUCUAACGUGCUACAGCUUGAUGAUGUUGUCUCGUUGACAUACAAUGUGGGUCUCAAGCAUUUCACCGUUCAUGGUUAUCCAGUGGGCAAGGGUUGCUUCACGAAACCAAAGAGAAGCCGCAAAGAUUUUCGUUUCAUCGCACCUACGGUAGAAGAAGCAGUUCAGUGGGUGGCUAGUUUUGCAGAUCAGCAGUGUUUUAUCAACUGUUUGCCGCAUCCUUUAGUCUCGAAGAAACAGGAUUCGUCUGAAUUGUUUUCGGUUCCUAUCGAUACUCCUCCUGAGUUGGUCUUCAGGUGUAAGAGUGCACCUAAGAUGCUUGUCAUAUUGAACCCUAGGUCAGGGCAUGGACGAUCUAUCAAAGUUUUCAAUGAUGUAGUGGAGCCAAUUUUUAAGCUGGCCGGGAUUAAGAUGGAGGUUGUCAAAACAAAUAAAGCGGGUCAUGCGAGAGAGUUGGCUUCCACUGUCGAUAUUAGCUUAUGCUCAGACGGUAUAAUUUGUGUUGGAGGUGACGGAAUCAUCAAUGAGGUUCUUAAUGGUCUACUUACUCGAAGUAAUCAGAAAGAAGGGGUUUCUAUCCCAAUUGGAAUAGUUCCUGCUGGCUCUGAUAACUCGUUAGUUUGGACUGUUCUUGGUGUUAGAGAUCCUAUUUCUGCAGCACUCUCUAUUGUGAAGGGUGGCCUAACAGCUACUGAUGUCUUUGCUGUUGAAUGGAUUCAUACGGGUGUAGUACACUUUGGAAUGACUGUUUCCUACUAUGGUUUUGUUAGCGAUGUUCUGGAGCUCUCUGAGAAAUAUCAAAAACGCUUUGGUCCUAUGCGUUAUUUAGUAGCUGGAUUUCUCAAGUUCAUGUGUUUGCCAAAGUAUAGCUACGAAGUGGAAUAUCUUCCAGCGCAAAAAGAGGAUGCAGAAGGCAAAACUAGUCUUGAAAAGGAAGUUGUUGAUGUGCAAGAUCUCUACACGGAUGUAAUGAGGAGAUCAAGCAAAGAAGGAUUACCUAGAGCCUCCAGUUUAUCAAGCAUCGACUCUAUAAUGACCCCAGGCGCAGGCGAACUAGACAGAUGUAGCAGCACACAUGCCAGCGCCGAGCCAUCUGAAUAUGUUCGCGGAAUAGAUCCUAAAAUGAAGCGCAUGUCCUCUGGCAGAAGAGAUAUGGCAGCUGAGCCAGAGGUUAUUCAUUCUCAAGGACAGUCAACGACCCCUAAUUGGCCAAGGACAAGGUCAAAGUCAAGAACAGAUAAAGCAUGGAUGGGGUUAACAUCCGUGCAGGAUCCUCCUCCAAAUCGAUGCUCCUGGGGAAACACCGGUGCUCACGACAGAGAAGAUAUUUCAUCUACUGUAUCCGACCCGGGUCCGAUAUGGGAUGCGGGACCCAAAUGGGACAGUGAACCAUCUGCUUGGGAUGUAGAGAACUCGAUCGAGCUGCCAGGUCCUCCAGAGGAUAUAGAGACGGGACUGAGGAAGCAAAGCGUGACACCGAGAUUCGAAAAUAAAUGGGUUGCUAGAAAGGGACAUUUCCUAGGCAUCAUGGUCUGUAACCACGCUUGUCGGACCGUGCAAAGCUCUCAAGUGGUGGCUCCCAAUUCAGAACAUGACGAUGGUACAAUGGACAUGCUCUUGGUUCACGGGUGUGGGAGACUGAGGUUAAUUAGGUUUUUUAUCCUUCUGCAAACCGGUCGACACCUUUCGCUUCCUUAUGUUGAGUGUGUAAAGGUGAAGUCGGUGAAGAUAAAGGCGGGAAAACAGACGCAUGACAGUUGUGGUAUAGACGGAGAGCUGUUUGCAUUGAAUGGAGAAGUGAUAUCGAGUAUGCUACCGGAACAAUGCAGAUUGAUCGGUAAUGCUCCUGAACGACAUUAGUAGUUAAUUAAAAUCUCAUCAAAUUAUGUGGAUGGAAGGAAAGAAAGAGGGAGAGUCCAGGUGGUGUCUAUAGGAUUCCUUUUUUGGUGGUGGUUUUUGUUCUGGUCGGCGGCGUCAGUAGCUUUGUGAUAACGAGGAAUAAGAUUGAGAGUAUGAAACUGUGAUCACCAUCCUUCCCUUUGUAUAUUCUUUUGCCCUUUCUCAAUGUGUGUGUUUGAAUAUAUAUAGAUAUGUACUAGAUCACAUGUGUUAUCCAACAAUUGUUCGUGUGUUUCGCUUGAAUAUGCCAACACUGACAGGUUUAUAUAAUGGGUAAGGCCGGUUUAGUUAUAUGUA